AUGGACAUCUUUCCAGAGAGAUAUGCUGACAGAUUUGGACUGAGUUCAGGCCAAAAAGCUGAACUUAUUGACUUAAACUGUGCGGUCAAUCUUGAAGCUGUUACUGAACAAACGAGCCUAUUGCAAUUCCAAUUCAGUAACCACACCUCGGAAACACAUGUUUUGCUCGAGGAAGUGGAGAGAGUCCCUACAGCAAUGAGGCCAGAGACUCUUGUCAAGCUGGCUCUACUAACGUCAAUCCUGACACUAGUUACAGCAAGUACUGGUAUUACUCUAGAUCAGUCACCAAGUUCUGUUGAUGAAGGAAGGGGGGGAAAAGAGGAAAAAAUGAUCCAGGAGAUGAUACAAGCUAUGAUGUUGGCCAAGAACAUGGUUUCCUUCGCACUCAUGUUUGUAUCACCGAUCAUACAGAUCAAGGGAUUUGGACUGUCAGUUGUCAACACAUUGAUCAACAUAGGUAGAUUUUUGGUCCAGCUGCAAGCAACCCAUCAGAUGAAGCAAAUGCAUACAGCACACUUGAAGGUUCACUACAACAAUGCACAUCAGACGCAUGACUCAGAUGAUCUUUGGUCAUCCGGUUCCAGCAACCACUACGCGUACUACGCACCACCCCCUAGACACGACAAUGCAGCUGCAGCUGUAGCGUCAUCUCAUACUGGCUACAACCCACUCAGCCAACAACAUAACAAUCACUAUUCUUAUCAUUCGUCACAAAUUAGAUAACGUGACAAUAUAAUGUUUUAUAAAACAUUCACCAUUUGAUCAACCAAAGGAUAAGGCUAGUGUAAUGAACUUAACAAACCAAAUUCAGACAGGUUAAAUUAGUGUAUUUUGUUGGGUGAUUCUAUAAACUUGAAACUUGUUUUGUAUUUGCUGAUUUAUUUGUAUUCGUUGAGUCAUUAGAUAAAAACAUGUCUAAAAGUUACAGAAAAUGUAUUUAAGUAGGAGAAAAAGUGUUCAUUUAUUUUGAACUGCUGAAUCUAAUCCAUACAGUAAUAGGAAAAUACUAUUUGCUCAAGCUAGCUUAGAAAUCUGCCGUAAAGUAUUAUU